AUGGUCAAGUGGUUUCCAAUUGGCUUAAUAGCAGUAGCAGUCUCAUAUGUUUCUGCUGUAGAGAACCCGGCUGUGUUCCGGAUUUGUGAAGGCGCAACAGAGCAACAAGAGAACCCGUUGAAGACAAUAUCACAGGAUGAUUCGAUUCUUAAUUUGGCCGACGAUUUUGGUAUUGCCGGGUUUUAUUCGAUUGAUGAGGAUUCCGUUGAUUUGGACGCCGUUUCUCUUGGAAAGCAGGGUUGCCAAAGCUCUAAGAAAUUGGUGGUUGUGGUGAACGGAGUCGAUGUUCCAGCCUUGUUCUUUGAUGACCAACAGCCGGUUUUCGUUAUUGAAACGAAAGAUGAUCGUGCCAAUUCGAAAUUUAAGCAGUUUCUUGCUGAUUUCCCUUCAAAGCUUUCCCUUUUACAGUCGGGAAGCCUUGAAAAGCAGCAGUUAUCGAAGGAAAUUGACGUCUUCGAGCCCAUUAAGCAUACGUUGACGAGCUGGAAAAGGCUCUUCUUUGCGGGAGAAGACAAGUUGGAUGCUUUAUGGACAGACCUUCAAGAGUCUUAUGGACAGUAUGCACAAUUCAACAAGAGAGCGAUCAACGUUAUUAAUGAUGAGAUAUUCGUUAAAGAAAUGACUCAAUUGAACUACCUUUUGACUAAAGAGAUUGAGAAUAUUCCUGAGGGAAGUGUAAUUACCGUGAAUUUGAAUUCUUUGGUCUCUGUCUUCAAGAAAACUGGUGUUAAUUCGCAGACUUACAAUACCUGUAAGAAGAUGCUAGCCAAUAUUCUUGGUAGAGGAGACUCCAGUGGUCUAGAGAAGACCAUUGUGGCUCUUCCGAUUGAUCAGCAGACAUUUACAUUCAAGUUUAAUGAGGAAAGCAAACAACAGAAGAGAAAUUUGCUCAGAAGAUCGAGUAGAAGUAGCUUGAAACACUCGAAUAGUGCCUACAAAUCGUGCUAUUCCAGCCAGGAAACCUGUAUCGAUAGCACAGGCUCUUGCUCUGGUCAUGGAACUUGCACUCAGGUUCGUAAAUGCUGGACGUGUAUGUGUUCGGCUACAAUGGAUAAAGGAUUAAGUACAUACUGGGCGGGAAACGCAUGCGAGAAAAAAGACGUCUCUUCCCAGUUCCACCUCCUUUUCUGGACCUCAUUAUUCAUUAUCUUAGCCAUGGUGGCCGGAAUCAAGUUCAUGUAUGAAUGUGGAGAAACCAAGUUACCAGGAGUGUUACUUGCAGCCACUGUUCAAACCAAGAGAAGUGGUCAAUAG